AUGGCAAUCUCGAAUGGAAACUCAGCGCACUCCCUCACAGUGAAGCACCCAAUAUGGAAGCGAUGGGUUCGUUUCCGGGGUAGAGAUGGAAAUAUAUAUGGUGGAGAGCCUUUGAACCCGGACAUUGAUGUGGGUCAGGCCAUCGAGAAUGGCAUUGAUGUCCUCGUCAAAGUUGUUGCUGGCAGUUCGCCAUUGAACUACGAUGCUCCUUUUACGGGAGAGAUACAGAUCAUUGAAGCCCUCCUGUCUCCUGUAUCACAGAUUGAAGCCGGAACCGUUCGAUGCGUUGGCCUGAACUACAAAGAACAUGCAGCUGAGAUGAAGUUGGCAAUUCCAAGCACUCCAACGUUAGUGCAAUCCUUAUCAAUGUUGAGAGUGAUGCUGAUAUUGAGAAGUGUUUUUUUGAAACCGAGUACAUGCAUUGCUUCUGCGUCUGAACCAAUCAUUCUUCCAUCAAAUGUGGAUUACGACGAAGCGGAUUAUGAAGUGGAACUCGCAGUGGUCAUUGGCAAUUUAUGCAAGAACGUUUCAGCCUCUGAAGCAGGAGGAUAUGUUCUAGGCUACUCAGUAGCCAACGACGUUACGGCGCGAAAACAUCAAGACAAGACAUCACAGUGGUCUUACGCCAAGGGAAUGGACGGAUUCUGUCCGCUAGGACCAUGUAUUGUGUCGUCUGAACUGGUCCCAGAUGCCACAGUCUUGAAUUUGAAGACCUCCCUAAAUGGGAAGAUUAUGCAGAACGGAUCUGCUGAUGACAUGAUAUUCAAAAUACCCGAAAUUGUGUCAUACCUUUCUCAAGGUCAUACACUGCUUCCUGGCACGGUGAUCAUCACGGGUACCCCUUGCGGCAUCGGGAUCUCACAGGAUCCUCCGCGGUUCCUUCAGCCUGGAGAUCAGCUGAGGGUCAGCAUUAGCCAUGGUCUGGGUACUCAAACUUGCCAGAUUGCGAGGACUUAG